CAAAAGUUCCCAUGAACUAAGUUUAAACAAAAUAUUAUGGGGUAAAACUUUGGAUUUCUGAAACUAAAUUUGAGUAAAUAUAUAUAAACAGCAGCAAUCGAGUAGAUGUUCAGUUUAAUUAAUCAAUUCCUUAAGAGUUCGAUGUCAUCAGAGUCAAAGGAUAUACGAAAGAAGAAACCUAAAGGUAGAAUGCCCGCGCAAAGUGCAGAACAACCAGAGGCAGGUGUACAUUCGACGUCGUCCGCCACUAGUCCAUAUAUUCCAGUGAAGGAACUAGAGGGGGAAAAAGCAGCGAGAGUUGGCCCCCACUGGUACAGUUUCGACCCCAAUGACACCUUCACUGACCGAGAUCCCAGCACACGAACAACACGGUCAGCAACUGUGACAGGGUCAACAUCGUCGCCAGAGAAGCAACGCUCAACAGUAUCACGAUUACCUAGAGAAUGCCAAGGUCUAAAGAAGCUGCACGUGUUUUUCUGGGAGUGUUUAAACAACGGUGACGUCAGCCCGAUGCACAUGGACUGGGUGGACGAGUCGGAGGGCGUGUUUCGUAUAAAGAACCCUGACAUCAUCGCCCAACUGUGGGGCACCGCCAAGGGAAACUCCAACAUGACGUCAGACAAGAUGGGCCGCGCCAUAAGGUAUUGUUAUACGAACAACACAUUGAUUAAAGUGACCGGAAACCAGAGAACUUACAAGUUCGGUCCCAGUGCUUUAAUUCGAAGAUAGACUGGAUUUGUAUUCGAUGUUUUCUAGUCUUGUGUUAAUGCAUUACGCUUGGAGAAGAUGUUACGAAGACGUUCAUUGGUCGAUGGGCGAGCAGCUUAAAUCCAAUGGAAUGUUACGAAGAUGUUUUCUAUCGUAAUGUGAACAACCAUUUUAAAGGUGCUUUUAUUUCUGUUAAUAUUCCGAUCUCCCCAUGUAUACGGCGAGACCGAUGAGAAAUAGAUGUAAUUGUAUUUAUUUGAAUCUCAAAACAAAUGUAUACACACGUCAGUUGUUUUACGUGCACGUGCGUACACACACACACACACACACAUACACACACACAGACACACACACACACACCACUACACACCUCACACACACACCCCACACACACACACAUGCAUACAUACAUACAUGCAUACAUGCAUGCAUACAUACACAUACAUGAGGCCAGAAAGUAUUUAAUUAUCCACUGCGCCUGUGCGUUAAUAUCUAUGUAUGUAACAGAAAACAUCGACAUGCAUACAAUAUAUAUAUAUAUAUAUUCAUACAUCAAUACAUACACACAUACGCACGCACGUAUGCACGCACACACUCAUUCAUACGCAUGCGCGUGUGACUGUUGUAAACUCAUCUGUAGAUCCUAUGUAUCAUGGUAUCAUGAUGUGUACUGUUUGUAGUCCGUAGUCUCUGUGAGACAAAUAUCUUCAUGUUCAUUGUAGAAUAAUACCAGUAGGUCUAGUAAUACUAGUAAUACUAGUAAAUACUACUACAUGUAGUAUUAAAUGUAUCUACUUUUGUUGCUUUAGAGCCACGUUUUGAUGACACUCAAUUCAAUUAACAAAAUUUUAAAUCACAAUCAAUACUGUGUAUACGAAGAAUGCACAUAGUGAAAAGUAUGUUAGUUAUUUGUUUAAAGAUACCUUCCCCCCCCCCCCCCCAUCCCUAUGCAUGCGCUGUAUUGAGCCUAGCUUAUACUCAACCCAGCGCCCUUCCCCAUCAAAAUGUUUUUCACACGUGUGAUGCUUUGCGUUAGUUUUCUUUAUUUUGGAUUUUUGUUGAUGUUUUGGAUUUUGUUAUUGUUGUUU